GCAUAGACGAGAUAUUUUUAGAGUGACACAAAACGUAGAUCUUUUGGAGUGUGAUAUUAAUCUCGUAGGCUUCUUGGUCAAGUGUAAUGGCAGGGGGCGGGGCUACAGGCGUAGAUCUCAGCAGGAAGUUUGUGUCAGAAGCUGAGCUUGAUGAGAAGAGGAAGAAGAGACAGGAGGAAUGGGAAAAGGUCAGAAAACCUGAUGAUCCAGAAGAGGCCCCAGAGGAGGAGUAUGACCCACGCUCCCUCUUUGAGAGACUGCAGGAGCAGAAAGACAAGAAACAGGAGGAAUUUGAAGAGCAGUUCAAAUUCAAGAACAUGGUGAGAGGAUUGGACGAGGAUGAGACCAGCUUCCUGGACGAGGUCUCCCGGCAACAGUGCUUGGUGGAGAAGCAACGCAGAGAUGAAGAGAAGCAGGAACUGUUAGAAUACAGAAGCGCUAUAAUGAAGCAAUCAUCCAGUGAAAACAGAAAAGAGCCUGAGAAGAAGACAACACCAAAACAAUCAGGGGCAGAGCAGAGGACUAGCCACCUGUCUCAGGCCCAUUUAUUAGCUGGAGCUGUCAAGAGACGCAGCUCCUCCCAGUCAUCAGACAGCAGUAAGAAACAGAAGGUGGAAGUCACCUCAGCAACAACAGGAAACGGAGACAGACACAAAGAACAGGAGGAUGGAGCAGGAGAAGGAGCAGGGGGGGCUGAAGAUAAACAAACAGUCCCCGGCCUGACAGCAAAGACACCCUCGGCUCCAGUCGGCUCUGGUCAAGGCACGCUACACCUACCGUCAGCAGCUGUGUGCGUUGGCGUUUUACCGGGACUCUGGGCUUAUUCUGGCAGCAGCGACUCUGACAGCAGCUCAGACAGCGAAGUUUAAGCCGAGCAGCCCAAUCCCGCACUGCCUAUCCCGAUGACCACCUGCCCCCCCUUCAUCCCCCUCCCAACCCAAACCACAGUGACUGCGAGCUGUGUUGUUGGCUGAGGGAACAGUGAUUGACAGCUGUGGAGCAAGGAAAAAGAGACUGCUUUAGCGUGUGUCACACAAUAUCUUCUAACUGGAGAGAAAGUCGGGGCUGGACACGCCUCGGUCUAGCUAUGGGUAAACUGCGGAGUUGAUUUGAAAAAAGGUUGUUUUAUUUGUGUGCUGUAAUGUCUUCUCUUAUCAGUACUUUGUCUCAAAGUCAGAACAUGCUGGAAAGAUGCCAGACUGUUUGCUUCCAUCCAGGUGUGGAAGUCUUGUUUGUUUUUGUUGUACAAAACCUGAGCAGAGAAUAAUAAAAACCUUUGCCUUGUA